AUCACCGAAGCUGCGGCAACAGGGCGAACACGCGUCCCCCAGGCUCAGCCUCAUCGUCAUUCCUUUCAGCAGGUUUCCGGCUCUCUUCUGCUACGCUCUCUUUUCUCUGACGUUCUAUAAGUGGUAGUUGCCUUCCGUUUCACCCCCCCUUGAACCGCCAAGAUUGACAGCGGGUCUAAGACGACUCUGAUUUCGUAAUAUCUUCCCCGGAUCCGUGCCUUGCCUUCGCUCCCGCCGAGACGCCCGCUGUGGAGAUUGGAGAUCCCUUUGCUGCACGGAUCAUUUCGUUGAUUCCUAUUCCAUCUUGCCUUUCCAAUCGAGCCUUGGCCAUCGUGCCGCUUCCGGUCCGGCCUUCCCUUUGUUCAUCCGCUGGGCGGGUGACUCGUUAUCCCUGAACCGAACUUGAAAAUCCAGGGGCUCCGGAGCUGCGCAACUCGGCAGAUCUACACAUCGCAAUCACAACCAUGAGAGGAGCCAGCGCUGUGACAGUCGGUGGACUGCUCGCCGGGGCGGUAUAUGCCGGCUCCGGCAAUGGCGUUGUCCAGUGGGACAUCCAGAGGACGCAACGGUCGCAAGAGUUCAGAAGGUUGAGGAAACGCGCCAGCACCUUCGAGGAGGUCGUCACGAACGAGCAAGCACGAGGAGGCUACUUCGCGACCUGCAGAUUGGGAACACCGGGGCAAAACCUGACGCUCCAGCUAGACACUGGAAGCAGCGACAUCUGGGUUCCGGAUUCCACCGCACAGGUGUGCCAGCAGCAGCGCAGUGAGGGUUGUACACUUGGAUCAUUCAGCCCAAGUGACUCGACUUCGUUCACGGUCGUUGGGAAGGGAGAAUUCGACAUCGCUUACGUGGACGGGAGCAAAUCACAGGGCGACUAUUUUACCGAUGUCUUCGAGAUCGGCGGCGCUACGCUAAAGAAUAUGACGAUGGGGCUAGGCCUUACCACGGACAUCAACUACGGCUUAGUGGGCGUCGGUUACGCCGUCAACGAGGCGAUUGUGGGAGACACCCAGUCAUUGUCCUCGGUUUACCCAAACCUGCCCGUGAAUAUGGUCGACGAGGGUCUGAUCAACACAGUGGCUUACAGCUUGUGGUUGAACGACUUGGAUGCCAGUUCCGGCAACAUCCUUUUUGGUGGCAUCGACACCGAGAAGUACAAGGGGGAGCUCACGAGGAUCAAUAUCUAUCCGUCGCAGCAGAACAUCUACUCCCAUUUCGCCGUCGCCCUGACUUCCUUGCAGGCCUACAGCUCCAGCGGUCAUGAUACGCUCACGUCAUCGGAAUUUCCCAUUGCCGUGGUCCUCGACUCUGGUACGACGCUGUCGUACCUGCCGACGGACCUAGCUCACCAAAUCUGGACAGAAGUCGGGGCGGUUUGGUCGAAUGAGGCAGGAGCGGCAGUUCUCCCGUGCAACAUGCAGAACAGCGGGGGCUACUUCUCGUUCGGCCUCGCCGGUCCGAACGGGCCCCGGAUCAACGUCACCAUGGACGAGCUCGUGCUGGACAUGACGUCUGGACGAGCGCCACGGUUUUCUACAGGCCAGUACAGUGGCCAAGACGCAUGCGCGUUUGGCAUCCAGAACUUCAGCUCGUCCCCGUAUCUGCUUGGCGACACCUUCCUACGGUCUGCGUACGUGGUCUACGACUUGGUCAACAACGAGAUCGGCAUUGCUCCGACCGACUUCAACUCGACGAAGAGCAACAUCGUUGCCUUCCCCAGCAUGAGCGCCCCUAUCCCGUCGGCCACCGUGGCGCCCAACCAAAAUGAGGUCACGAAUACUCCUUCGGAGGUUACGACCCCGGCGUAUGCGGCCAGGGAUGGCUUCAAGGAAGUCCCUGCGUCUGGCGGUGAAGAGAAUGCAGCGCCGCAUAUGCCUUCGGGCUUUGGGAAGGGCGAAAUCCUUGUAGUCGGUGUCACCAUGCUGCUGGUGACGCUGGGCUCGGGCUUAUUCGUUGUUAUUUGAGGGGCCAGGGUGUACUGGCCGGGUGACUUUCCAACUCAUCUCGGAUAUAUAGCGGAGUGUAUCCUUGGCGUUCGCCUUCAUGAACGCUGACCGUGAAGAAAUAUACACAAUUUGGAAGGGGGGAGGGGGGUCGCUUCCGUCGGCAUUCAUAGUUCUGUUUGAAGCUGGUAUGGUUUGAUCUCUAUGUGUUUGUACAGCGGAUUGCGUCUUUCACGGAUCAGCAAAGGGAUAGCCGGGUGAAGGAGGGAAGGGGGAGAGGGGGGUUGUUGGCGGGAUUUGAUUAUAGAUCGGGAUUGGCCAUUUGAAUCAUAUGUACAACAUCCUCGCACACAUUAUUUGCUACACAUGUGGUUCUUUUCGUUUCGUGUCGUCCGUUGAAAUCGAGGUGUUGGCAGUGUCGUUGCA